UUUUUAACAAGAUGUGGCUGAAUAGAAAUAGCUUAUGGAGAGCUCCUCACCUUUUGCUGUCAUCUAGACCCUGCUGCAAUAUUCUAAGAAUGGACAGAAAUACUAAUGUUAGUAUUGUUCCCAGUAUCACUCAGCUGGAAAAUUUCCUUACUGAACAUAACUCAAAUGUGGUUUGGCUCCUUGUUGCUACAAUUUUAUCCUGUGGCUGGAUUAUUUACCUAACUUAUUACAAUUCCCGAAACAUCGGUCUUAUUUUAACAUUGGUCCUUAACAGAUUACAUAAAAAUGGCUAUAUCCAUAUUGGCUCCUUCUCCUUCUCUGUUCUGUCUGGAAAAAUCAUGGUUCGUGAAAUCUAUUACAUUACAGAAGAUUUGUCCAUCAGAAUCCAAGAUGGAUUUAUUAUAUUUCGUUGGUGGAAGAUGUACAAUCCAAAGCAAAAGCAACAUGAUCCUAAGGCAGAAACAAGAUUGUAUAUCAUGGUGAAUGAUUUUGAAUUUCAUGUCUACAACCGUUCUGAUCUUUAUGGGCAACUUCAGGAAUUAUUUGGUUUAGAUCCAACCAUAAUUCCUCCAAAAAAAGAGGAUGAAAAAGCACGAGAAAAUGGGCAAGAGCAAACACAUACAAAUCUUGAAAGUGUCAAAGCAAAAAGUGAUUCUCACGAUCCUUCAUCUUCAUGGAGAUCUCUUAUUCCUGUAAUCAAAGUCAAUGUUAGCACGGGCCGCUUAGCCUUUGGAAAUCAUUAUCAGCCUCAGACUCUGUGUAUUAACUUUGAUGAUGCUUUCUUAACUUAUACCACAAAACCACCUUCAAGCCAUCUGGAUCAGUUCAUGCACAUUGUAAAAGGAAAACUGGAAAACGUGAGGGUUAUGCUUGUUCCAAGUCCAAGAUACGUUGGUCUUCAAAAUGAUGAACCUCCAAGAUUAAUGGGAGAAGGUUUUGUUGUGAUGCAGUCAAAUGAUGUUGACAUCUAUUACUAUAUGGAUGAACCAGGUCUUGUACCAGAAGAAACAGAAGAAAACAAUGAGGGAGAGACAAGUAAUGAAGAUAGCAAAUUGCAAGACCUUCCACCCUGUUGGGGGUUAGAUAUAGUUUGUGGCAAAGGAACAGAUUUUAAUUAUGGACCAUGGGCUGACCGGCAAAGGGAUUGUUUGUGGAAAUUUUUUUUCCCACCAGAUUAUCAAGUAAUGAAAGUUACAGAAGUUUCAGUUCCGGGGAAGCCAAGACAGAUCCUUGCUUUUGAGCUACGUAUGAAUAUUAUUGCAGAUGCUACUAUUGAUUUGCUCUUUACAAAAAAUAGGGAAACUAAUGCAGUACAUGUAAACGUUGGAGCAGGUUCUUACUUGGAAAUCAACAUUCCCAUGACUGUCACUGAAAAUGGCUACUCUCCCACUAUUAAAGGACAACUUUUACACAUAGAUGCUACCAGUAGUAUGCAGUUCCGGACUCUCUUAGAAGCAGAAAUGUUAGCUUUUCACAUUAAUGCCUUUUAUCCCCGAAUAUGGAACAUGCCACAACUCUGGCAGAGUGAAGUUGAAGUAUAUAAAGCUACCUACCAUUUCAUAUUUGCUCAAAAAAACUUCUUUACAGAUUUGAUUCAGGAUUGGUCUAGUGAUGGCGCUCCUGAUAUCUUCUCAUUUGUUCCCUAUACAUGGAAUUUUAAAGUGAUGUUUCAUCAGUUUGAAAUGAUUUGGUCUGCAAAUCAGCACAAUUGGAUUGAUUGUUCCACAAAGCAACAGGAAAAUGUUUAUGUGGCUGCCUGCGGGGAAACAUUAAAUAUAGUUUUCUCUUUGCCUUUUAUUGACUUUGUCCCAAGCACAUGCAGUACUAGAUUCUCUUUAAGGGGAGAUAGUCUUGAUCUUCACUUACUUCUACCCGAUUGCCACCCUAGUAAAUACUCUCUGUUUAUGUUGGUGAAAGAUUGUCAUCCUAAUAAAUUAAAUCCUGAGUCUUGUGCACCUGCUGAUAGUCAGAGUGGUCAGAAACAAAGCAAGCCCAGGUGGAGGAACAUGACUCAAGAAGAGGCUGGCUGGGUUGAAUGCUGGACAGUACCAAGUAUUAUGCUCACAAUUGACUAUGUGUGGCAUCCAAUUUAUCCUCAGAAGGCUAAUGAGCAGUUGAACCAAUCAUUGUCAGAAAUGGAAGAAACCAUCUUAUCUGCACUGCGACCAUCAAAGAAAAUGGCACAUGGAGGGACAUCUCCUUCAGCUUCUUGGCUCCCUAUUGACCCCUCUGAACUUCCACCUGAUAAGCUUCGUGUAGAACUAGAACUUUCCCCAGAUUCCCAGAUAACUUUAUAUGGACCGCUUUUAAAAGCAUUCCUGUCUAUAAAGGAAAAUUAUUUUGGUGAAGAUGAUAUGUAUACCGAUUUUGAGGAAGUCAUUUCAAGCCCUGUACUAUCUAUGUCAACAUCUUCAAGCUCUGGGUGGACAGCAGUUGGAGUGGAUGCUGACAAAAAAGAGCAUGAUACAUCACUGAAACAAGUUAAUCCCCUAACAUUACGCCCAUGGGAUAUUACUGUGCUUGUUAAUGUGUACAAAGUUCAUGGACGCUUGCCAGUACACUGCAGCAGUGAUGGCCCGGAAUGUCCUACAGGUUUUCUGGAAAGAUUAUGUUUUGAGAUGAAAAAAGGAUAUAAGGAAACUAUGUUGCAGCUUGUAUUAUCACCAUUGAAUAUAUUCUUGAGUGACAAUUAUCAGAGACCUACUGUGGAUGAAGUUCUUCGAGAAGGUCAUGUGAGCCUUUCAGGUCUACAGCUACGUGCUCAUGCUAUGUUUUCAGCAGAAGGUUUGCCUCUGGGUAGUGACACUUUGGAAUAUGCAUGGCUAAUUGAUAUUCAGAGUGGGAGCCUGACAGCCAAGGUUACAGUUCCACAGCUUGCAUGUCUAUUUGAAUGGGGACAAACAUUUGUGUUUCAUGUGGCAUGUCGUGAGUUUCAACUGGAAAGACCAAAAUCUGUCAUCGUAUGUCAACAUGGAAUUGAUCGUCGUUUUUGUGAAGCUAAGAUAAAUGGCGUCUCUGGGCCUUGUCUAACAUCUGAUGAAUUAAAAUAUACUAUGACGCGCCUGUCAGUAGAUGGUGCAGAUAUAUACAUUGUUGAGCAUGGUUGUGCUACAAAUAUAAAGAUGGGUGCUGUGCGCAUUGCCAGUUGUAACCUCCACAAUCAGUCAGUUGGUGAAGGUAUAAGUGCUGCCAUUCAAGACUUCCAAUUACAACAGUAUAUUGAACAAGCAAAUAAUUGCCGAGCUAGUCUUCAACUUGCAGUACUACGGAGGGCAUAUUGGCUAGAAGCAGGAUCAAUCAAUUUGGGCCUUAUCACUGCUGAUGUUGCUUUAGCAGCAGAUCACUAUUCAAAGCAUGAAGCACAGAGACAUUUUUUGGAAACUCAUGAUAGCAGAACAAAGAGAUUAUGGUUUUUAUGGCCAGAUGACAAUACAAAGAAUAAAAGAAGCAAGAACAAAUGUGGCUGUCUUGGUGGCUGUCGGUUUUUUGGUGGCCCAGGAUCAGGAUUAGACUUCUUCAAGCUCGAAGAAUUGACACCAUCAAGUAGCUCAGCUUUUUCAAAUGCAAGUGCAGAAUCAGAUAUGUUUUAUGGGCAAUCCUUACUACAACCUGGAGAAUGGAUUAUUACCAAAGAGCUUCCCAAAAUUACAGAUGGUAAAGGAUUUGCAUCUGUCAAUUUAUAUGUUUGUAAAUAUCAUUUGUUGUUAAUUAAACAUCAGCAUAUCUUAGUAUACUUAUUAAGAGGUUAAAGAAAUUAUGCACUUAACCAGAAGUAUUGCACAAAAGUGAUACUGAAUGCAAACGUUUGGCAAGACACACAGGUAUAAAAUUUGGUAAUGUGCAAUUAAAGUUAUGGGGAGACCCAUGAUUAAAAAUAUUCCACAUUAAAAACCAGGCUGGUUUCUUGAUGG